CUCACUGGGGCCCCAACCACAGUGGCUGCCCUCCUGCCCACCUCCUCGCAGCCCCCAGAGGGAACCUGUGCAGAGCCAGGUAGUAGGGGCAUGAAGGGGUUAUCUGCUCCAGACUUCCAUUGUUGCCACGUGGCUAAGCCUCUGGGGAGGACAGGGGGCUCCCCGUCCUCCAGCCUGGACUUCCAGCUCUGCCAAGGCGACCAGGUCUUCUCAGCUUGCAGGCCGCUCUCUGACACAGUGGAUAUCGGGGGCUUGUCCUGUGCCAGCUGGCUGCGCCCCUUGCCACUGGCACCAGCCAGGUCUGCCUUGCUGACCUGUCCCCAGGGCCUGGACCUAUACCUGUGCGCCCUGCAGCCGACACCACUGAGCACAGCCCCGCAGGGUCUCAGAAGCGACGUCUCCAGCACAAAGCACCAGCCACCAGGGCUGCAGGCCAGCUCCGCGGAUGAUGAGAAACUCACGGCCAAGUACUCUGCGAGCAGGGACAAGAGGGGAAGGCAGCAGGAAAGAGCUGGCGAGGGGGCACUCUGCCCAUCCUUCUCUCCUCACAGCGGCUCUUCCCCAACCCGCUGGCAGAACAGGAAGAGCCCCAGCCCCUUGGCUGUCUGCUCCUGCCCGCUGCCCGCUCCCAUCUCCAAAGAACUCCCAUUCUGCCUCCACCCCUUCUACCCUGCGUAUCCAGUUCUGCCUCCACCUCACCUGCUCACCUAUGGGGCCCCACCUUCUGUCCAGGGUCCCCCCCUCUUCAUGCUGCCCCCAGGCCCCUCCUGCCCCACCGUGGCUAUGCCCAGCUUGCUGAUGACUGUCAUUGAGCCUGGGCACCCCACUGCCCAGAGGGAGACCCCGUAUUCUUCCCCAGGGGCCUCCCAAGCCUCUGGCCAAAGCCAACCUUCCCAGGCCUGGAAUCGAGGUCCUGAAGCGGCCAGGACCUACUCUCCAGGCCCAAAGAGCGUGGGCAGGGCGGCUCCAGCGAGGCGGGCGCCAGUGGGCUCCCGGCCAGGCACCACGGCUCUGCCUUACCCGCUGAAGAAAGAGAACGGCAAAAUCCUGUACGAGUGCAACGUGUGCAGCAAGAACUUCAGGCAGCUCUCCAACCUCAAGGUCCAUCUGCGUGUGCACAGUGGGGAGCGCCCGUUCCAGUGUGCCCUGUGUCAGAAGAGCUUCACCCAGUUUGCCCACCUGCAGAAGCACCACAUGGUGCAUACCGGGGAGCGGCCCCAUGAAUGCCUGAUGUGCCACAAGCGCUUCAGCAGCUCCAGCAACCUCAAGACUCACGUGCGCCUGCACUCGGGGGCCCGGCCCUUCCAGUGCAGUGUCUGUCCACGGCACUUCGCCCGGCACGUUCACCCGAAGCUGCACCACAGCCUGCACGGCCCACGGCCUUGCGGCCUACCUCACACCCACCUGCCCCUGGCGUCUCUUGCCUGCCUUGCCCAAUGGCACCAGGAAGCCCUAGAUCUCAUGGCACUGCCAUCAGAGAGGCAGACGGGCUGGGAUUUGGAAAAGGUCAAGGUGUCCUUGGCGUCUGGGGGAAAGUGGGCAGCCAGCCUGAGCCCUCGUGCUAGGACUGCCUUGGGGAGGGGGCAGGAGCAGAGCAAUUAAAGGAUU